AUGGGGCCCGAGAUCCGCUUCCUCCGCGACUCGAACCCCGGUGGCGACUCGGAGGUCACCCCCCCGACAGCGGGGGAGGGCUCCUACAUCGACGGGGUGGUGUUGAAGGCCUCGGACGACCUCCAGGACGCAGCAAUGGGUCUGUAUGACUCGCGGCUGAACGCGCGCUUUGCUCUGAGCAGCAUCCAGAUGCAGACGCUGCGACUCGUAGGGGCGGCGGGGACCCAGGGUGCGCUCCAGAGCGAGCUGGCGGCGACGGUGGGCUCAGAGAACCGCAACUUCUUCUAUGUCAUACGGAAUCUGGAGCAGCGAGGGCUCGUCACAAAGCGACCGGCGGUGGUGGCGACGCCCCGCACCAACAAUUACUUCAGCAACCACAUCCAGACCAAUGUGGUCCAUCUCCAGCGCUUUGCACCCGACCUGGGAAGGGACACUCGCUUGUUGGUGGCGCUUGGAUUUGUGGGAACGAGAGGCCACAGGCUGUGGCGCCGCCUCAAGGGUGCGCUCGUCAAAAAGGGGUGCCUGGAGGAGUUUAUCGGCCAGUCCGGCUCUAAACCUGUCAAGUGCAUCAGGCUACUCCAGGCUUGGACGCCGCAUAGCGAUGAUGAGGCUGGCUCGGACGAGGAGCUGUCACUGCAGAUGCAGCCUGGCGGCGGCCAGUGGCUGACGGGGCGCCAGGUGGCAGAGAUCACUUUAGACAGGCAACUCCUGCAACACAUCCUGGAAGCUGGUCCCGAGGGCGCCACGGUGUCGGAGCUUCACGAAGCGCUGGCCCUGAACUCCAAGCGCAAUUCCCACCGCCUGCGGGAGUUAGAGCGCCGCUUCGACCUGAAACCCACCACCUCCAACCAGGGCCGCAUGCUGGUGGGCAAGUACCGUGCCACGCCCGCCAUGCUGGCGGAGUACAGCGGUACAGAGGAGGAGCCCGGGCCCGCGCCGCCUGGGGUGCAGGAGGCAGCUCCGCCCGGCACACGCAAGGCCUGCGGCGAGCUGCACCACCUGCGCAUGGACUGGAUCGUGGAGGAAGUGGGCCGCGCGGGGUUCAUGCUGUCGGCCGAGAUCGCGCGCUUCCUGACCCGCCGCGAGGCCGAGGUGACCGGGGUCCCCAGGGACGCGCCCCCUGACCGCAAGACGUGCACGCGCGUGGUGGACCGCGCGGUGGCGGCCGGCAAGCUGGCGGUGCUGUCGGUGAACAUCCCCUCCAAGCAUGGCUGCCUCCAGAAUCGAGCGCAGCUGGUCCUGGCCCCGCCAGAAACCGUGCCAGACGAGGCAUUUGUCACGCGCGUGUUCAGGCACUGCAAGGCCUACUCCCACCACGCCCACUCCAGGGGCGCACCCAACUCGGUCGCCAGCCUGGCGGCCAAGGCCAUGGACAUGGGCACCCCCUUGCCCCAAGUGGAGAGCAAGGGACUGCUUGGCCUGUCCAGGGAGGGCCGGCGUCACCCAGGCUUGGACCUGGCUGCGGGCAGCGAGAUCAUCGGCAGCCAGGCCGAACAGGAUGGGCUGGUGAGCCUGGCUGCCUCGGGAAGAACGCUGGCUUGCUCCUUCACCUCCCACCCUGCAGCCAGUCUGACGCGGGAGGAGAGCUCCUGGCUGUGGGAAUCUCCCGAGGCGCACACGCGGUGCCACAUUGCGCUGAGUCAGCUGCUGGACCUCCUGUGCCGCAUGGGGCUCCUGAGCUCAGCCGUGCCCCUGAGCAGCAAGAGUCAGUCUGCUGCGACAGCGGGUGCUUCCGCCGAGAACCUGUACUAUAUCAACACCAGCGCUUGUCUGGAGCGCUUGGAGGACAGAGCCCUCGAGACAUUCUCGCUGGAGACACCGACGGGGGCUGAUGCAUACUGGUCUGCACUGGAGGACGCCGCUCUGGAGACGGGGGCCGGCAGGCGGGGUCACCCCAGCAUGACUUCCCGCCUGGCCUCAUGCUUCCCCUUUGACCGUGCACCUGAGGCGGCUGUGGGGGAGGAGGGGCUCGCCCACCUCAGCAUUGGGCGCUGCAGGGAGCUGGCGGCGGACCUGGACCUGCACGUGGACGCGGUCAUGGCAUUCGUGCGGAACCGCAAGGCCCGGCUGCGCGCGGAGAGGCUGCAGGGGCUGGAGGGCUGGGGCCUGGGACCCAGGGUCUCUGCAGCUCACGGCUCUCGCCCCGCCGGCCUGCCCCUGGCUCCCCAGGCAGCACAGCGGGGGCGAACGGACCGCACCUCCUCCAGCUCCGGAUCUGGGAGCGCCUCCGAGUCUGACUCCGACUCAGACGUGGCAUCGGGCGGGGAGGAGGCCGUGGGUGCGCUGCGCCUCCCGCCCAGCGCGCUGUUCUUCGAGGCCCCACGCCGCAAGCAACGCUGGCACCAGGCGGAGGACCGCCAGCUUCUGCGUGGCUGGGCAGGCUUUGUGGCGGCACACGGGCCAGAGAAGAUCCUGUUCUGGAGGUCCGUGCCAGAUCGCCCGCCUGGCCUGCGCACAGCCUCCCUCAGGCACCGGCUGAAGGUGCUGCAGCAGCACCCCGACACAGCGCAGGCCAUGGCCAGGAUCAAGGAGCUUGCAGGCCCCGAUUCAUCUGCAGAGCGACAGCCGGACAGCAGCCUGGCUACCGCAGAUGAUAGGCAUGCGUCCCUGGUCACCCCCAGCGAUGACCGAGAAGGAGAGCAGGGCAGCGACGCGCCAGGCGCCAAGCGCCAGCUCCCCAGCGGCUCCCUGCCCUCCUCGGCCAGUGCCAAGCGACCUCGCCGCUCGGCAGACGCCCUGGAGCCCGAGAUUGCCGCCCUGAUCGAGGCCGUGGCGGCCGCCGCACCUGGGCAGUACAAGCAUGCCUCAGCCCUGCCCCCGGCCUGGAAGAAGGCCAUUGCCGCACACCGCCAGUCCCUCGAGCGCCCGCUCCCGGGCGGCUUCCAGGCGCUGGCUCGGAUUGUGCUGGGACCCUCACAGGGCGAGGACGACGCGGAGGUGGCGGGGGAGGCGGGUGGGAGUGCAGAAGCGGUCGGAUCGCUCCUCCCUGGGUCGAGGCCCGCCCCGUCAGCAGCCGACGCAGCAGCCAUCGCGCUGGGCGUGCUGUGCGAGCUCGACCCGGCAUGCUCUGCGGCGCCCCCGCCCGCCCUGGACGUGGUGUCGCUGCUCGGGCGGCGGCUGGGCAGGUCUCAGAUCCGAGCCGGGGUGCGCCUGCUGGUGCGGGCCGGGGCCGUGAACCCGGUGGGGUCGGCCAGCAACCCGCUGCGCAUCAGCCCACGCCUGAAGUCGUUGAUAGGGGCAGCGGAAGGGCUGGCCGCCGUGCGGCCGCUCCGGGUGCAGCUACACCCCAACGUCCCGGCGGGCACAGACCCGGAAGCCGCGCAGCAGCUGGGACACCUAGACGCUGACAUCAGUGUGGUCGUGGAGCCGAGGCAGGAGGCGCCGGCAACCCUCGCGCCGGCAGUGGAGGAAGCCACUUCACCAAGAGUAGCGUGCAUGACCGCCGCCCCCUGGCUGACGCACGACGGGCGCCUGAACGCGACCCUCUGGAAGGCCCUGGCCGCCAGAGCAGUCGAGGCUGUGGCAGCCAGACCUGGCAUUCCGUACCGAGAACUGGUGAGCAAGUUCCUCAUCGUUGGCGAGCCCUCUGCGGAGGCGCUGAUAGACGCCCUCUGCUUCCAUGGCGUCCUGGCACUCGAGGGGGCAAAAGGUGUGACGUCGCCCACCUCUGUCCUGGGGUCGUGUUUUUCUGCACACGUCAAGGAGCACGGUGCCGACGUCCCGGGAGAGGCAGAGAGAUAUGUCGUGCUGCCCAAGGGGUGGUUGGGGAGACUGAAUGCCGCGAGGCCAUCGCUAAUGACUGCUUAG